AUGGAAGAGAUGGAUAACCAGAACUUUCUAGCCGAGAACAAGCCAACAACAAUCACUUCCCUUGCUAACCUCAAGGAUCGUUUCAUUGCAUUCAUCAAUACCCCAAUGGAUGAACACAAGGCUUCUUUCAAAAACACCAUGGACAAGGUUCGUUCCCAGAUUUCUUCUAGGAUGUCCAAGGAUGAUGCGCAGGAGAAGGUUGAUGAGGGGAAGGCUGUGGAGAGCCACUCGCCUCUUUAG